ACCCGGAGUGCGCACACCCCGCCCUGGAUCUGUCCUCCUGGGGCUCCUGCCUGUUCACCCGGCCUGUCCGGCCUGUCCGGCCUGCCCCGUCUGUCUGUCCGUCCUCCCGCCCCUCUUGCAACCCUCCAACUUCUUCUACAGCCCUCUCGCCCGUCUUGCAACACUCCUGUCCCUCUUGCAACCUUCCUGUCCGUCCUCCCCGUCUCCUGCCUCCACCAUGUCCAUCACCGUCACCAGGAAGACCAUGAGAAGCACCUCGGCCGUGCCCGGGCGCUCCUUCAGCUCCCACUCCUACACCGCCGGCCCCGGCGGAAGGAUGAGCACGGCCUCAGCCUUUGGUGCCUACGGCGGCAGCCGCUACGGAGCAGGUCUGUACCGGGGCCCGGCUGCGGUGCCCGGCGCGGGGGGCCCCAUCACGGCCGUGAGCGUCAACCAGAACCUGCUGAUGCCCCUCAACCUGGAGAUCGACCCUAACGUCCAGCGGGUGCGCAAGGAGGAGAAGGAGCAGAUCAAGACGCUCAACAACAAGUUUGCCUCCUUCAUCGACAAGGUCCGCUUCCUGGAGCAGCAGAACAAGAUGCUGGAGACCAAGUGGAGCCUGCUGCAGAGGCAGCGGCCGGCGCCGGGCGCCGCGGGCGGCCUCUUCGAGGCGUACGUGGGCGCGCUGCGGCGGCAGCUCGACGGCCUGGCCCAGGAGAAGCUGCGGCUGGAGGCCGAGCUGGGCAGCACCCGCGCCUUGGUGGAGGAGUUCAAGAGCAAGUACGAGGAGGAGAUCAACCGCCGCACGGAAAAGGAGAACGAGUUCGUGCUGCUCAAGAAGGACGUGGACGAAGCCUACAUGAACAAGGUGGAGCUGGAGUCCAGGCUGGAGGCUCUGACGGAUGAAAUAAAUUUCCUGCGGCAGCUCUACGAGGAGGAGCUGCGCGAGCUGCAGUCGCAGAUCUCCGACACUUCCGUCGUCCUCUCCAUGGACAACAGCCGCAGCCUGGACCUGGACGGCAUCAUCGCGGAGGUGAAGGCGCAGUACGAGGAGAUCGCCGGCCGGAGCCGGGCCGAGGCCGAGCGCAUGUACCGCAUCAAGUACGAGGAGCUGAGGAGCGCGGCGGGGAAGCACGGCGACGACCUGCGCGCCAGCCGCUCCGAGAUCAGCGAGCUCAACAGGAUGAUCCAGAGGAUCCAGGCGGAGAUCGAGGCGCUGAAGAACCAGCGGGCCGGCCUGGAGGCAGCCAUCGCGGAGGCCGAGGAGCGGGGCGAGCUGGCCCUGCAGGACGCCAAGGGGAAGGUGGCCGAGCUGGAGGCCGCCCUGCAGCAGGCCAAAGCCGACAUGGCCCGGCAGCUCCGCGAGUACCAGGAGCUCAUGAACGUCAAGCUGGCCCUGGACAUCGAGAUCGCGACCUACAGGAAGCUGCUGGAGGGGGAGGAGAGCAGGUUGGAGUCCGGCAUGCAGAGCCUGAGCAUCCACACCAAGACGACGGGCUACGCGGGCGGCUUCGGCGGCGGCUCCUUCUCCAGCACCGGCUACUCGGCGCCUCCCUUGGCCCCGGAGAGCUCGGCCGUCACCAAGUCGCGAGCCAUCGUCAUCAAGAAGAUCGAGACGCGGGACGGCAAGCUGGUGUCCGAGUCCUCGGACGUGCUGUCCAACUGAGCGCCGGGCGCUGCGCCGCGCCGGCAAUAAACCGCUCCAUCCACUGGGCUCCUCUUCUCCGGGGCUGGGGCGAGCGAAACCGGC